GCAAGCAAGACAGGCAUAGACAGAGAAGACCGUGAAGAAGAAGAGCUCCCCAAAGCAGACCCGUGUUUCUAACUUGGAAUUUUAGAGUGCAGCCAGCAUGGUCGUCCUCAGCCUAAUUACUUCGGGAUUUUAUCUUCAGCUUUUCUUCUGCUUUGUUCUCUCUCAGACUUCAUUUGUUGACAGUGUCUUCUCAGUUUCAGCAGACCUUCCUUGCUUGGAGCAGAAGAAACGAAUGAAUAAGAGAGCAUGCUGUUUCCUUGCUCCUCCCCCACCACCAUUAUUUCCACCACCAUAUUUCAAGCACAGCUGGAAUCCUAAACAUCUGGACCUUGAUUUGAAAAACUUUGGUCAAGAACUUCAGAUAACACAAGCUUCAUGUUUACCAGAAUCUGAUUGCCCCUUAGGGCCUCCUGGCCCCCAGGGCCCCCAAGGAAUUCCUGGUAUAAUGGGACCAAAAGGAGAAAAAGGGGAGAUUGGCAGACCAGGAAGAAAGGGUAGACCAGGUCCUCCAGGAGUCCCUGGAAUGCCAGGACCAAUUGGAUGGCCUGGGCCAAUGGGACCUAAGGGUGAAAAGGGAGAUUUGGGUGUGAUGGGAUUACCAGGUACAAGAGGACCAAUGGGCUUCAAGGGUUACCCUGGAACUAGAGGAGAAAAGGGAUCCAGAGGAGAACGAGGUGACAAAGGCAUCAGAGGAGAAAAGGGUGACAUGGGCUUCCCUGGGAUGCUGGGGCAGAAAGGAGAAAUGGGUCCAAAGGGAGAGCGUGGUACUCCAGGGCACAGAGGACCUAUUGGAAGACCAGGAAAAAGAGGCAAACAGGGAGAAAAGGGAGACACUGGACCCACUGGAAUGAUGGGUCCACCUGGCAGGCCUGGUCCUUCAGGUCAGCCUGGUCCACCAGGAUCAUCAGUGUCAGGACAAUUAGCAAUAGGACCAAAAGGGGAAAGAGGACUUCCAGGGCCUCCAGGGAGAUGUCUUUGCAAACCCCCACAAAAUGUGAACAUCCCACCAUAUGAGGAAUCCAUGUUUGGACACAAUUAUGCAAAAGUCCCUGCGAUUUUUGUGGUGAACAAUCAAGAAGAGCUAGACCGGCUGAACACUAAAAAUGCCUUAGCCUUUCGAAGAGAUCAGAGAUCUCUCUAUUUCAAGGAUACUGUUGGAUGGCUUCCAAUCCAGCUUACUCCUUUCUAUCCUGUGGAUUAUCCUGUAGAGGAUGAAAGUACCUGCGGAGAUGGGAUCGUACAGGAUGGGGAAGAAUGUGAUGAUGGCAAUACUAUUGUGACUGAUGACUGUAUAAGAUGUCGUCGUGCUUACUGUGGAGAUGGCUACCGACAUGAAGGAGUAGAAGACUGUGAUGGAAAAGAUUUUGGAUAUUUGACAUGUAAAACAUAUCUCCCUGGGUCUUAUGGAAAAUUACGAUGUACUUCCUAUUGUUAUAUUGACUCUACACAGUGUCGCUAUUUCACAUGAAGGAAAAAUGGCAGUGGGUAGCAUCCCACACAUUACAGGUACACCAGGUGCUACACUAUCAUCACUACAAGAAGGACUGAGACAUAUACAGAACCUCUGUGUGAAAAAAUAUCAUGCUGCUGAUGGCUAUUUGAAAUUUGUUUUGUUUUUGUUUUUUAAAUCGAGUCAGACUGGAAGAAAAUAGGACCACUGCAUCCUGUCUUAAUAGAAAAAUGUCAAACAGAGUUUGCCAGUAAGAUUUGUGUUUCACAUGGUUGCAUGUGAGAACUACUCUGUAUAACAAGCGCAACACUAAAUCACUGGAAACUGAAUUUCACUAACCAGGAAUAUUGCGCGACAAGACAACAAUACCUCGACUUAGCACUGUUAGAUCUAAUGUACACUCUUCAGGGUUUUUGUUUUUAGACUUUCUCAAUGUAAACACAAAGCAUAUCCUAGAUGCUGUGUUUACAGAGCUUAUUUACUCUUUUACUACAAUGUGAACUUCGUAUGUGUUGUAUCGCAUGAAAGACCGCUUCAGUGACAUACAAAUUAGCUAAAAACAUUCAUGGGUGGAUUCAGUAGAUGCUGUCCAGUAAGCAGUUUUAAGGGCAGCAAAUCAGGGAAAGGAACUGAUCAACGUUAUCUACAAUAUAUACAGUGGAUAAGAAGAAGAGCUGUAGAAAUGUGUGUGUGUGUAUAUAAAAAUGCUGAUGGAUCACACAGGGCCUACAAUUGCAAGACUAAAAAGCCAAACUGGAUAAACUAACUGGAGAAACUCCCUGUCUCAGGAGGGAUCAGGCAUGAAGAAGACAAAGAGUUAAUGCAUUUUCUCACCCUUUGUCAAGUUGGCUGUAUUGUGUGCUACUAGUGAUGCUGCAGGGACUCGAUUCCUUUAGAAUUUCCCAAGAUUACUUAAAAACUGUGGUGAAGAUUACAAUGUGGCUGUUUGCGUGUUGACUUUCACUUUAGUUUCUACACCAGAAACCAUUGCUCUCUCUUUUCUUUCCUUUGUCCACCUAAUCUUAAUCACUGUUAUUUGAUCAUGUUCUUCACUCUCUCCAGAUUUCCUGUAUUGUCCUAUCCAUCGCUGUCUGUUUUUAGUCUUGCCUAGUGUUCAUCACUAUUGAGUGUAUAUUCUCUUUUUUACAUCUCUGUAGAACUAGUCUCAUAGUGGUGUGUUUAUGGAUUCCCAUUCAAUCUACAUGCUGCAUAGGUUGUAUAUAUAUUUUUGUUUUAUUUUUGGAAAAAAUUGGUCAAAUGAUAUGUUAGCUCUAAUAGCAUUCAGGGUAAUUAUGUAUUUGUUUACUAGCAAGCUUUAAUGAGUGAAUGUCAUACAGGAGCAGCACUGAGUAUGCUACAUGCAACCAAGUUUAUAAUCAAAGCAAACGCUACAUACAGUGAUGUGUGCAAUUCAGGGAUAUAGGCCUCAGAAUAGUUUGUCAUUUUCAUAUUGGCCACUUGGUUCUGCUUUAUGCUAAAUACUAUACGUGAAUGUUUGAAAUGCAUGAAUCACAUGUACCAGUGACAGCACUGCAAUGGUAGUCAUAUAUACAGUUACUUCUCUAAAGGUGAUAAUACAUUAACACAACCAACUGAUAUAUACACUUUCCCCACAUGUGUAGAAGACUUUGCUUUCAUUCUGCAUGCUCAUGGCAAUACUGGAAAUCACCAGUGAAAAAACUAAUAAAGGCAGUUCAUUUACUUGCUAUGGCUAUCUCUUACCUGCAUUGUUUAUGCUGCUGUGAGAUGAGACCAAUAUUGUUUGUAGUCCAGCCCACUGAUUAGAUUAUCAGUCUUCUUUAUCAUUUAUUUUUUUAAGCAGAGUAAUUAAUAAAUGAUCACCUUUUAGUUAGA